UGACGCUGGUGGACGUGAUGAUAAUAGACACCGAAUAAAACGAUUAAAAUCAGAAUAUUAUUAUUUAUUCAGACCGAUCAGCAGCCGCAUCUGCAGUCUCAGUCAGCGCGGUUGUUGUAAUGCGGCUCCGCGCCGCUGGGCGUCAGUCCGCGCGUCGCGUCUGCAGCUGCUCGGAGCCCCUGCUCGCUUUCUGUCCGUGAUGGCGGAACGCAGCGGCGACGGUUGUUCCGCGCAGUGAAACUCGAACCUGAUCGCGUCCCGGUACCGGCCGGACCGAAUGACAACCGAGUGAGACUGUAUGAGCCGAAGCUUCAGGAUGAGAUGAGAGCCGAACUGCGCUUCUGCUGCUGAGUGGUGUCUAGACCGGCGUGAUGACAGAAGAGCGAUGUCCUCAGCUGGUGGAUUAUUUCGUGGUGGCGGGUCUGGCGGGCGCUGGGUCUCCGCUGGACGAGGAGGGUCAGCAGAGGGGCGUGAGAGCGCUGCAGCCCGUCACUGAUGUGGCCGUGAUCGCCCGUGGUCUCGGGGAGGACGUUCCUGAGGGAUUCACCUGCAUCGAGAAAACACAAGGAGGCCAUCCGGCGGAGCUGAGCGCUGGCCUGCUCAACAACACACACAUGUUCCUGUGCUACCGCCGAGGACACGACAAACCGCCCCUCGUGGAGCUCGGUGUUCUGUACGAGGGCAAGGAUCCGGUCAAGCCGGGGUGGCAGUUGAUCGAGACGACUCCAUACAGUCGCUCUGCGAACCUCAGCUCCGGCGGCCCCACAAUGCACCGCACUUUCCUGAUGUUUCGCCGAGCGCCGGACUCACAGGCGCUGAACACGCUGGGCGUCACCGAGAUCUCACUGCUGAUGCCUAGCAAGGGCGAGACAGCGCCACACACCUACUGCAGAGUGGACAAGGACCUCAACACCGGCAUGUGGGGCUCGGCGCUGUAUCUCUGCUACAAGCGUUCAGUGGUUAAAGCAAACGCUCUGUUGUACGAGGCUGGUCUGAUCAGUCGCUAUCCGGAGGAGGAUCUGGAGUCGUUUCCGCUGCCGGACUCUGUUCCGGUCUUCUGUCUGCCGAUGGGAGUGACGGUGGAGAGCUGGCCGCUCAACACUAAAUACCAGCUGCCCGUCUUCUCCACCUUCGUCCUGACCAGCGCCUCCGGAGACAAGGUGUACGGCGCUGCGAUCCAGUUCUACGAGGCGUAUGCCCGCGAGUCUCUGUCGGAGCGUCAGUGUGUGCGUCUGGGUCUGCUGAGCGUCGUGGACCGCCGGCCCAUCACCAACCGCAGCGUUCAGGUCAAGAAGAGCAUCUGCGUCCUCUCACAGUGGCCCUUCUUCGGCGUCUUCCAGAAGUUCCUCACCUUCGUCUACAGAUACUCCAUCUCUGGACCACACGUGCUGCCGCUGGAGAAGCACAUCUCGAGCUUCAUGCACAACGUCCCGUUCCCGUCGGCGCAGCGUCCUCGGAUCCUGGUGCAGCUCUCCCCGUAUGAUAAUCUGCUGCUCUGUCAGCCCGUGUCGUCUCCGCUGCCGCUCAGUGGGGCCAGUUUUGUGAAGCUGCUGCAGAAUCUGGGUCCGGAGAACGCGUGUUUGCUGCUGCUGGCGGUUCUGACCGAACACAAGCUGCUGCUGCACUCGCUGCGGCCCGAUGUCCUGACGUCCGUCAGCGAGGCGCUCGUCUCCAUGCCGUUUCCUCUGCGCUGGCACUGUCCGUAUAUCCCGCUGUGUCCGCUGCGGAUGGCAGAUGUGUUGUGUGCUCCCAUGCCCUUCAUCGUGGGCGUCCACUCCAGCUACUUCGACCUGUACGACCCGCCGACUGACGUGGUGUGUGUGGAUCUGGACACCAACACCAUCUUCCAGUCUGAAGAUAAGAAGCCUCUGUCCUGGAAAUCUUUGCCUAGGAAACAUGGGAAGAUCCUGCUGAGCUCUCUGUCCAACCUGCACAAAACCCUGGAGAAGAUCUAUACUCCGGGUCAGGAGGAGGCCACGCUGGAGUUCCUGCUGACGGACUACGAUCUGAUCUACGGCCGUCAGAAGCAGCUGGAGCUGGAGAUCCAGGAGGCCUUCCUGCGCUUCAUGAGCUGUCUGCUGGGAGGAUACCGAUCCUUCCUGCUGCCCAUCACACAAGCGCCCUCUGACCGAACCACGGACUGCAGCUCGCUCUUCAACCUGCAGGGCUUCCUGAAGUCUCGUGAUCGAGCGCAGCAGAAGUUUUACACACAGCUCACGAGAACGCAGAUGUUCACGCAGUUCAUCGAGGAGUGUUCGUUCGUCAGCGACCGUCACGGCUGCCUCGAGUUCUUCGACGAGUGUGUGCAGAAGGUGGACGUGGAGAAGCCGGAGGACGUGCGUCUGAUCGACCGAGACGAGUGUCUCAGCGGUGAGCACACGGUGUUCAUCAUGCCUCCGGAGGAGCCACAGGAAGCUGACGGCUCCGAGUGUCCCGCACACUACAGCUAUGACACGUUCCCGGUCCUCCAGGUGGAUCUGUUCGAUCGGCCGCAGGAUCAGCUGCAGACUCCGGCUAAAGGAAGUGCCCCCAGUAGCCCCGCCCCCCGCCGCACCAAACAGGAGAUCAAGCUGGCGCAGAAGAAGGCGCAGAAGUACUCGACGGUGCCGGAGAUGUGGUCUAAAUGUCUGCUGGGUCACUGCUACGGACUCUGGUUCAUCUGCUUACCAACAUUCGUCAGAGCAGAGAGCAAUAAAGUGAGAGCGCUGCACGCCGCAUACGAGGUGCUCAAACACAUGGAGACACGCAAGGUGGUGCUGCCGGACGAGGUGUGUUACCGUAUCCUCAUGCAGCUGUGUGGUCAGUACGGUCAGCCGGUUCUCGCGGUCAGAGUUCUGCUGGAGAUGAAGCGGGCAGGAAUAACGCCCAACACCAUCACAUACGGAUACUACAAUAAAGCGGUGCUAGAGAGCAAAUGGCCAUCCACCAAUCAAGGAGGGCGUCUUCGCUGGGCGAAGCUUCGUAACGUGGUAUUGGCCGUGGCUCAGUUCAGGCAGCCAAUCAAACAGCAGCAGAGGAGUGCUUCAUUCAGCAGCCACGCAGGAGACGAGCUGUCUAAGCCCCGCCCCCACUCGGCGGUGCUCCGUAAGUCCAGCUGGAGCGGGUUGAGUGACAGCUCGAGCCACGAGUCACUGACGAGUUUGGCCAAGAGCAACAGUGUGAGCAGCGUUCAGGCGUCAGAAGGCAAGAUGAAGCUGUCAAAGCAGACGGCUGUACAGACGGCUGCGUUCUCAAGCAAGCCUCCUGCUGGCCGGCGUGACACACUGAGUCCUCCAGAGCCGGUGUUAGUGCGCCGCAGUGACGUCUGUCUGUCCACCUUCUACAGAGACUGUGCAGAGACCACAGACACAGACUGCAGAGGUCAGCCGCAGAGGGACAGCAGGUCGGUGGAAGUGAGGGAGACUCUGAACAGGAAGUCGGUGGAUGAAAACUACAACAACGUUUCCUCUCCGAGCCGCAGUCUGACCGGGAAACUGCAGCAGCUGCUGACGCCCACGAGGAACCGUGCCUCGGUGCGACGGGCCGCUAGCAUGGAUGACCGGCGGCCGGGAGCAAACGGACACCUGCGCAACACAUCAGACCAGAAACCGUCCCGCAAGAGCCAGAUGACCGAGAGUCUGCUGAAGGCCAAGGAUCGGCUGUACAACGCCACAUCUGAGAGCUCUCUGUCUGUAGGGAGUGACAUUGACAUGUUGGACACACAGACACUGGCAGUUCCUCUCAGGAAGUCGUGGGAUUCAUCACAGGAAGUGGCGGGCAUUGAGGUGCUGAUGUCGAGCUGCUCGCUGUGCCGCAGCUGUAAUUCUCUGGUGUAUGAUGAGGAGAUCAUGGCGGGCUGGACGUCUGACGACUCCAAUCUCAACACCACCUGUCCGUUCUGCUCCGCUCCGUUCGUCCCGCUGCUGAAUGCAGAGAUCUGUGACCCGGGGCCCGUCUGCAGUGUGGAGCGUAGUAACCUGAGUGUGGAGGAUGGUCUGGAGAAUAUCAUGCGUCCUCGCUCCGCUCCGGGCGACACACUGCAGCUCCAGUGUAACGGCGUCAGAGAGACGGACACCAGCUCCGAGACCAGCAGCCAAUCAGAGAGCAGCGUGCCAUUGGUGGGCGGAGCCCCGCAGGUGACGGUGGCGUACCUGAGCCCACUGGUAGUGCGCAAGGAGAUGGAGAGUCUGCUGGAGAACGAGGGCGAGGCUGUGCUCUCUCAGGUCCAGCUGCUGGACAGUCACUCCAUCCUCUUCUGGAAUCUGGUUUGGUACUUCACUCGCCUCGGCCUGCCCAGUAACCUGCUGCAGCUGCUGCGGACGUCUCCGCUGACCGCACGCCUCACACAGGGGUCAGAGGGCACGGCGGUGCGGGUGAGGCUGCUGUGGGACACACUGACCCCAGAUACAGAGCAGUGGCCGGCGCUCUACAUGCUCUGGAGGAUUCACAGUGGCGUCCCCAUGCGCAGCUACAGCUGGCGGCAUCACAACCAUCCCUUCAACCUCAACUUCCUGGAGGAAGUGCUUCGCUGGAUCGGCAUGAACGAGGUACACAAGGCCAUCACACUCUUCCUGGAUACGGUUGCUAAGCAGCAUGGCACUCCGCGGAUACAGAGGAGUCUGUACAGAGAGAUGCUCUUCCUCACGGUGGCCGCCAUGGGCAAAGAUCACGUCGCUUCCUUUGAUAAGCGUUAUAAAGCGGCAUAUGUGCGCUUGAGCAGUUCUCUGGGCCGAGAAGAGCUGAGGAGGAAGAGAGUCCAGCCGCCCAGUCCUAAAGCCGUCGACUGCAGACGCUGCUUCCUGCUGCCACUGGAGUGCUGAAAACUCACACACACACUCAUAUACACACACACACACACUCCGCUCGUCUCGUCUCAUCGUCGUCUUCAUGCUGCUUAAGGAGGAAAUGCGAACACACAGUCCAAGCACUUCUGCGGUACGUUCACCGCAGAUGCAGCUGUGCAUUAUGGGAACGCAUGACCCUUUCACCAAACUGCUUCUGUAUCCCACAAUGCCGAGCAAACUGACACCUGGCCACCCCUCGAACUACUUCAUUGGAUCUAGUGUGGCGUUUGGAUUUACCUUGUUUAUUUCUGUUCGUUUGAUUUCUUGGAACUCAAAGAAGAAGAUUCGGUAGUAAACGCCGGAAGGCAUCAUGGGAGUUUGAGAUAAUUCUGCACUGAGCUGCUUCAUGUUAGUGUGAGAUGUUUCCCGACCAGCAGAUCCAUCGGCUCUAUUCUGGACAGUAGAGUUACUGCAUAAACUAGUCUAAAUAGGAUUAUUUAGUUCCUCUGAACUGUGUUUGUGUGUGUGAGAGAAAGCAGUACUGCUGUUGAGCUACAAACACUUUUUAUUCAGUCAUUUUAAAGGCUUUCUGCUGGAGAA